AUGCAGCAGAUUCUUCUGAACAGUUCCGUGUCCUUGAUUUACGUUUUUAUGCCCUAAUUAUGUUAUGAUUAAUGUUUCUAGAUGAGUCUGCAUUGCGCAUACGCGGGCUAUGGUGAUUUUACACAGAUUAGAUGUUUGCUGCUUCCAACUUAAAAAGAGUUGUUUUAAAAACGAAUCAAAUUGGGUUUUGUAUAUUCUGUAUUUUAUUCUGCGGACAAUGUGAAUUUGUUGCUACCAAAUCAUUGAAUGGUCACUAAAGAAUAAUAUCAACUAAUACAUAGUUGAGAGUAAACAUAAGAUGAUUUUAGGCGAAUAGUAUUGGUAUGUUUAAAGACAAAGUGCUCAUGAUUCCGAGAGAGGUCGCUUCAAAUAUUCUACACGUGCGCUGAAACGCUACUGUGCGGUGUGUUUUUUAACAAGAUCGUUUACUGCUAAUAAUUAUAUUUGACAAUGUUUCAAAACGUUAUUUCGAAAAGGUUGCCCAGUAUUUUGGGAAUUUACAAUAAACAAAUGUGUACACAGGUGAAAUUAGAAAAAACAAUUAAUCAGAUCACAGUGCUGGGAAGGGUUGGGGCUGAUCCACAGAAAAAGGGUAGCGACGAUCAUCCUAUGAUCACGUUUUCGCUUGCGACACACAAUAAUUAUAAAUAUGAUAAUGGAGAUUUUAUGCAAAAGACAGACUGGCACAAGAUAUGCGUUUUUAAGCCAUUACUCCGCGAUACCGUCUUGAAUUUUUUGAAAAGAGGACAGAGGGUUAUGGUCAUGGGUAAAAUAAGCUAUAGCGAAUACAAAGACCAAGAAGGUCUAACCAGAAAUGGUACAGCGAUAAUAGCAGACGAAAUUAUAUUCUUUCAGAAGUCCUAAGCUAAAUAUUUUUAUGUAUUAUUUCUGUAAAUCUCUUUUGUAACAAUAAAGUAAUCUUAAAAGUA